CGGGGAAUAACUGGGGGAGAAGAAUGUUUUUGUCUCUUCCCACAUUGACUGUCCUUAUUCCACUGGUGUCUUUAGCAGGACUGUUCUACUCAGCCUCUGUGGAAGAAAACUUCCCACACGGCUGCACUAGCACAGCCAGCCUGUGCUUUUACAGCCUGCUCUUGCCCAUUACCAUCCCAGUAUAUGUGUUCUUCCAUCUUUGGACGUGGAUGGGUAUCAAACUCUUCAGGCAUAAUUAAUGCAACAAGAACCAAGAUGGUAUAUGUCAGUAACUUGGCUUUGAGCAACUCUGAAAGCUCAACUCCGUGGAAAUACUGGAAAUCCACUUAAUUUGUGGGAAAGAUGCUUUACCUUGGUAAGAGGAGGUGUAAGCUGCGGAAGCAUCUUUUAUUGUAUUUUUUGUUUUGCCUUUGUUUUCAGAUUUUAAUUUAAAUCAGAAAAACAUUUCAGCAAAAUCUUGGAAACUAACAGACCCACCUAUUAAUCUGAUGAUUAUUUCUUACCCUAUUAUCUUAGAGUUAAUAAUUUGAAAUUCUAUAUUUCAGAAUCUUUGGUGAAGCUACAUGUUAAAGAUGACUAAGAUAUUUUUAAAGGCGCUAUAUUGGAGUGAUUAGUAGAGAUAUACAUUUAAAACAGCAGUAAAAUGGAAACUUUACAUAAACUUUACAUACUUGCAAAACUUUGGUGUUUGUAAAAUUACCUUUAUUUCUUUGGCAUCAAAUGCUUACAUUAAAAUAAGAUGUUAACACUUUCAAAAGGAAAAUUGUGUUUUUUGGGGAGAGAGAUGGUCCAAAUAGUGAUUCUAAGGAAGGGGAAAUGUAAAAGUGCGCCAAAAAUUUUAAAUGUAGGCUAUGUCUACAGAGGUAAUUAAUACUAAAAUAGAAUAACUCCCCAGAAAAAUAUCUACCUUUGGGGGUUGAGGUGGAGUUGUAAUGUUUAUAAAUAAAUAGCUGACUGUGUCCUCUUGAGCUUAGUUAUUUUUUGGACUCAGCUAUUUUCUUGCUUUGGGAAACCUACUUGGCACCACUAGAGCAUGAGAAUUGACAAGAUUGGUUAUGAUUUUUCCACAAGAUUAAUUGAGAAUAGUACAAUUACUAGUUCAGAGGUAUAGUAUAAAUAUUUCAGUAGUUACCUUAAAUCUAUUAGUUGACUAUAAACUUAGUUGAAUCUUAAGAAUUUUAGUUUAACAGAAGCUUGAAACAGUAUUCUUUAAAAUAAAAUAAAAACAGGAUUAGUUGUGUUUUCUGUUUACAUUAGUUCAAUGUAAAUACAGUACAAACGUAGUAGAGAUCCCCAUCAU